AUGCGACAACGAGUUGCCGCAAUCAAGAAACGAAUGGAUCGCUUCGACAGGCCUGAUACUUGCGCAAAGCCAUGGUUAAUCGAUCCUUCUACGGCCAUGAACACAUGGUUUUCCAAUCUUGAUGCUCAUCCUUGCACCGUUGCGAGCAAUUUGGUUGAAGGGACUGAACUCUGGCUUCAGAAUUUUGGCUGCCAAGACGCGAUUAUCGAGCGAUUUGAAACGAAUUAUGGCGACAAAAACUGGAACAGUCGAAAAGACAGCCGAAAAAUUGCUCGUCGAAAAAGGAUGAUUUACCGAUACAAUCUUGAAAUCACCCGUGCUCCAUGCAGACAAGACUUUCUCCAUGGUCAUGUUGAGGAAACAACUUCGCCUGAAACUUCGACCCAAGGAUCAACUGAAGCUACAACAACUACUGUCUUUACGACUACCACGCAACCUUGGUGGACAUCUGCCUGGUGGGCAUCGGCAGUGACAGUUAAUAAUGGGCGCUGA